AACGAGGUGCCAGUAAGUUUGGAUCGCUGCUACACUACUAUCUCGCUACCCUCAUCUUGCGGCCCCCCUACGACAACAUGCAUACGUCGUUGCUGUCUGCUGGGUGCUAGGAAGGGAUGCUCCGUUUUUGCGGAAACCUUCUUGUACUACUGUGCCCAAGCAAGCUAGCCCUGGCCUUUGCCACUGCUCUUCCAUGCCGUUGUUUUUCCUUCUUUUUGCCCCUCCCAGCACCUCUCACAGCCAGCCCACAAGGUCCAGCACCAGCCACAACCGCGAAAAAAAGCCCCAAUCACAAGAAAUUUACCCCACCAAUCUCAUCCACCCGUCGAUUCCUUUCUCCCUUGUCAUACUUCUGAGUCACACACAGCUUCUGCUAUUAGACAGCAGCAAAGACGAGAGAAGAAGCAUUUGGAUUGUACUGUACCCUUCCACAGCCUAAACCCUUUUCAACCUUGCUAUUUUUUCCUUCAUUUCUUUUUAUUGCAUGUUUCAAUCCCAAGCCGUGGCUAACCUCCCUCUUCUUUUUUCCCCACUACGCAGGACCAAACGGAACGAAAAGCGUCCCGAAAAUCUGUUGCCUUCACCGACGAACAACUAGUUGUUGAGACCGACGGUUCAAU